AUGGAUGUGAGGGAAGGAGAGGAGGACUUUGUAAAUUCUCAAACACAGGAAAGAACCAACGCACUGAAGUUCUUAAAAGUACUGAUUGUGAUGGAAGGGUUCCUGAAAGUCCUCAAGAUCUUAAUCAGCUGUGCCGUGCUCUUUCUCACAAGAAACGAAAAGUGUGAAGUUCCCUUGAAGCUUUUUCUGCUAGUAUACAUGGUGAUAACGAUAGCAAAGUUUGGGAUAUUCAUGUCGAAGAAUCUCCCGUUCUUUAGGAUUAACAGAAUACCAGAAUACAGAGAGAACACAGACAUAACCCUGUUUUCCAACUUCAUAGAGGCCCUUCUUUUAUUUUGGUACCUUAUUGGAUUUAACUGGAUCCAGGAAUGCGAGAACUGUAGUGUUGCAAAUCCUCUGCUAUACUACACGACUGUUGUGUUUGUCGGGCUUGGAUUUGUAGCCUUCAUUGCUCCUCUCAUAGCCAUUGUUUUGCUGCUGUUCCUUAUAACAUUUGUAAAGCCAAAACUUCAGGAGGUGAUGUACAAGGACCAGAGCGAUGUUUCCGAUGACACUUACCAUUGCGCGAUAUGCUUUGACAAUUAUAUUCCCGGAAUCAAACUGAAGCUUCUUCCGUGUGGACAUCACUUCCACCAGGAAUGCAUAGACGAGUGGCUAGAUCUAAAGGAUACCUGUCCUCUUUGUAAAAGAAACAUCAAUUUACUUUACGACCUGAUUGACCCUCCCGAGUAUGAUGUUUGA